AUGAGUUCAGAAAGCAAGAAAAUAAAACCAAAGACUGAUUUUGAACUCGUUCUAAAUUAUUCUAAUUCUUGCAUUUGGAAAAAUGACUCCGGUGCAGGUGCAAAUGCAGCUUGUAAAAUAGACAAGACACUUGCUGCCACUGACCCCCUAUCUGAAAUAGUUUGGUCUCCAGAUAAAGGUUUCAAUCUUAAAUGUGUGGAUUCAAGUUUUACUGAUAAAAAGGCUUCCCUUUUUGGGAAUGUUGAACCAAGCAGUAUGGUUCUUGCUCUGCUCCAAAGCGUUACUGAUGGAAGUUCUGAAAUGGAUAAACCAUUAAAAGACGUUUUUGAAGAACCUAUUGCUGUCAUAUGCUCAAAGAACGAUCUUUCCUCCACAGAUACUUCCUCUAGGAACACACAAAGUGAUUCAGUUGUCAUCAUUUCAGACCAUAAAACAUGUGAAGAUGAUAAUGGUACAGGAUUUGGUGAUAGUACAGAGAAAAUGAACAUUGCGAGAGAAACACCUCCUUUGCCAAACGGUCAGAAAGAGAAUGUAAUGAAAGAUUGGGAGAAGAAUAGUUGUGCACAAGCCAACAAUGGAACAACUAUAAUAUCUAAGAUAAAGGGAAAGAAAUCUACUAUUUCAGGGCACAGGCUGAAGCUUUUUGUUGACGAAAUGCCAAUCAGGAAUUUAUUACUUCAAGCGGAUGAACCUAAAUAUAGCUUGAAAGAAAAUCCUUCAAGGAGACAUUGUAAUGGACGCAUAGAAACUGGUGUUGUCAAUCAGGUGGUUGAAAAAGAAGAUGGAUUAUAUAUACUAGGGUUGAGCAUGAUUCGCAUGAUAAGAAAUCAAGGUAAGAAAAAGUCCUUAUCAGAUGAAGAUUCAAAUGUCAAUUUACCAAAUGAGGAUGACGUCCAUACAAGUGUUGAAAGUUGCCAUAGUUCUGGAUUACUUUUGGUAGGUAAGAAGAGAAGCAACUUUCCACAAGGGAUAAUUGGGAAUAAAAAAUUAAAAAAGCCUAUUCAAGAAACUUCAUGUUCUAAUGUUCAAACGGAUAGCUCAUUCAUGAACUUGAUUUCAAACAUGAUGAAACGAUGCGCACAAUCGACUCAAGAUGAGGACAAGUCUUUGGCUCUUAACCCUGAAAAUCCUAAUCACCAUCUUCAACAGCCUGAUCAGAAACUUUUCACAUGCAAUAGGAAUCAAGAUCCGAAGUUAAGACAUGCAGGGUUCAGUUCCAAUUUUCAGUCAAUGCUUGGUGCAAGAUUUAAAAAUGUUCGAACAAGAAUAUCUCAAGUAGGAGAGGCUUCUAAAGAAUUUGCACCAGGAAAUAAGGUACAUGGAAUAGAUGCUGCUCCAGUUACUUUCUAUGCGGAGAACAAUAGCCUUUACAGACAGUAUUUGACAUCAAAUAAACUUGAAGUAUCUGAAGGGAGACUUGAUGCCUUUCCGUCCAUACCGCCUCAGACUAGUCCUCUGGGGCCAACUAAGGAGAAGGAAGGAAUACCAUCACAUUUACCCUCGACUGGACAAAACAGAUAUAACAAUGAGAAUGUUGAGUGGUAUGCACUGUAUGAGAGAAGGGAAAUCUGUCAUAAGAUUAAAACUGUGGAAGGACUUUGGAUAAAUCGGUUUUUACCAAAGUCAACUUCCCCCUUGACAGUUUUUGAUCACCUUAACAAGAGAGGUGAUUCUGAAAACCAUUCCACGCCUUGUUCAAUGCUUCCUCAAUCCCAUAAACCCAUUUCUCUGAACAACUGCAAGAUUGAAGAGGCCAGAGAACAAUCUGCUGAUGACCAACUGCUCAUGGAUCAAAAUUUACAUAAUUGUUGUAACAAUAAAGAGAAUUCCACUGUCCAAAAGGAUGAUAAUGGAAGUCAAUAUCACUCAGCAACGCAUAAGUUCAAGUCCUUUACACCUUUACACCUUUAUAUCCAUGUUUGCAAGAAGAUUAGGUGCCAUCAAACAAUGGCAACAUAUAGAGUAGCCUACCACAAAUAA